AUGUCAGAGUGUACUGACGCUGGCGACACGAUGAGAGUUUUCGAUUGUUUGAUGCCGAAUGUGGGCGCUGGAGAUAUGGCGGAGCACGAGAGAUCUCGUGAAAGGACCGCUAUUGCGAUGGAGAAUGUUACGCUAAAUUCUACGGCAAUGGACAUGUCUAAUACAAUUAUGCAAGAAGUCAUUGAUGAGGUCCAAGCAGACCGCGAAGAGGGUGGCGAACGAUCGAUUUCAACUGCACCAGCAAUUCAAAAUUCAACGAAAUGCAAUGUUGAUAUGGACAUUGGCAAUGAGACGAUUAAUAUUGUCACCUCCGAAACAUCUUUCGGCGCUGGCGACAAGUUGCACACAUCUGAAGUGGAUUCAUUGAACUCACCUGCCACAGAACGAAGCCAGAUCGCGUCACGAAUGACCUUCCAAUGUCCAAAGACACCGGCGAACACCACUAUAGUUCUGGACACUGAAACAAGAACUACUGAUACUAAGGACAGGACUGGAACCAUAAAUUUGUUUACAACGCCUGAUAAGUCAAUGAUUUCAACGAGACCAGAGGUAGGAUCUGUACUGCUGAAGUCUUUUUGGGGUCCUACUAGUCCCAUAGAGAAGAAAGGCACACAUCUGCCAGCUGAAGUAACGCAAAACGUUACUGAAUGCGAAGAUGUAGAAGUUCAACGAAGAGCAGAAGUUUCUUGCUACCCUGUUGAAGACCACUUCGCUGGCGAAGCGUUGCUGGAGAGCAAGGUAAAUUUUUUUUGA